AUGCGACAGAGGCCAGAGCGCAUUGAACAACCGCGAUGGGUCUCCGCGAGCUAUGUUGACCUCAUGCUUGAGGUUGGAGGGUCACUUGUGCCAAAAAUCAGGUUUGAUGAUAUUCAUAUGCAAGGCAUUUUGGGACGAGGCUAUACAUGGACCGUUCAUCGUGGAAUCUGGUGUGAUAACGGGAAGAAACGGAUUGUUGCUCUAAAAUUCCUGAACGUCGAUAUCGACACCGAUGACACAAGACAUUCGACAUGGGCAAGACGCACGAAAGAUGCAUUUGCAGCUGCAGAGUCCGAGGUUCGCAUUCUCUCACACAAGACCAUCCGAGCAAAUCAGAACAUAGUCACUCUUCUUGGGAUAAGUUUUCAAGUUCAUUCGAUAGGCUCUGUUGGUGAACUACUUGCAUUGCCUGUUCUGGUGGAAGAGAUUGCUUUCCUAACUACGGAAGGUAACCCAGCUACUUUAAAUGAAGACCUUACGACGAACCCAAUCGGUGCGAACCCUCCUUUGAAGGUCCUAUUCCUUCUUGAUAUCGCCAGAGGUCUACUCGACCUUCAUCAACUAAACAUCGUCCAUGCAGACCUCAAGCCUUCCAAUAUUCUGCUUUUCCCCCACACUGAUGGCAGAGCAGUGGCAAAGAUCUCAGACUUUGGUUUCUGUCAAUCAGUCGACGAAGAAGACCCAGCUCAGGGAAGCACACCAUACUGGGCUGCUCCAGAAUGUCUCCCAGAAGCGGGUGAAGAUAUGAAGCAAUGGAGAUCCUCCACUUAUCGAGACUUGUUCUCAUUUGGGCUCCUGAUAUGGUUUGUCUUGUUCGAGGAAGGGCCGUUCGGGGAUGAGGAGCGCUUCGACUAUGCGACAAUGGUACAAGAGAAGUUCAAAGACUCAAUGAAAGAUAAGAUUGACAGGCAGCUACCGCUAAGCUACAGGUUUUUCUCCCAGGAUCCUGACCUACCAGAGGGGAGCUGGUUGCCUAAACGAAAUUUUAAGAUUAUGACAGAGGGUUCUCAGCAGGAAGUUGAGCUGGAAUUGAAGUCACUAAAUGACCACAUCCUGAAUGGUUCAAUAGAGGAGCAAUUCCGGAGCUCAAGGAAGAACUGGAAUGGAGUCGUGAGUUUUGCAGACGGACUUGCUAGCUUCCAGCUUAUGUAUUUCUUCUUGUCUUUCUUCCUUGUCAAGGACCCGCCAUUGAGAGUAGGCUUGAACUUUUUUGUCGAAAUGGCGUAUUCGAAACUAUUCCACAAAAUUGCCAUGGCCAACUUCAUUGGCUUGCCCACAUACGAUCACCUCUGGCAAACUUUAUUCAACCCCACAAAGCGUAGGCUUGUGAUCGAUAUAAACGACAGUGUAUUCCUUGAGGGCAACUAUCUUCAUUUGAUAACCAAACUUUGCGUGGUCAGGCUCAAUCGAGAUCACAAUAUCAAUAAGCUAUCACAAGAGCACAAAUUGUCAAUGAGCACUCAUUUUCCCAGGCCGGUUCUGUUCAGUGUCGAAAAUUUCCAAAACGUACCUCCGUGCGUGCCUAGCAAGAUUUUUGAGUCCUUAAUUGCGAAGGCAUAUUCAAGUCCCGAGAAAGAACUAGGAAACGUUUUCUUGCAAGUUGGAGCAUGCUACUGGUUCGGCUUUGGCACAGCAAAAUCCAAGUCCGACGCACUCCACUGGUUACCCAAGUCAGCCAACGCAGGAAAAAUUCACGCCCAGCGAAUGAUCUUGACAUUCUUCGCUCCAAACCAGCUUCCGCAAGACGUACAAUACGUCAAACUCGUGGAAUGGAUUUGGCGAAAUGUCUCACCUGCAGAAAUUGUCUCAGAAGAAAGUUUCGAGGAUCAGACUAUAGACCUGAAGAAGGGUUUAGAAGACGUCAGGACCUAUAUUCUAGAAGUUGCAGAUUUAUCAGUGUUCAAUGCUUUGCACGUGGAAUAUAAGAGCUUAAUUGAGCAAGACCAGCACUUCGCAUGGAGAGAACCUGAAUAUGAAGCCACCCUCAAAAGCAGCUUGGCACUCGUUGCAAUCUCCAGUGGUGGUGCGAGUCUAUGGGAACAGGUGGAUGCUGCCAUCCGCAGCGAAGAUCUCUCAUCACUUCGAGACUUGAUUUCUCGCUUCCCUCAACUCCUUACACAAGAAAGCAAGAGGGGCUCGAUUUUACACUAUGCUGUGUUACUUUCUCGUCAGACGGUAGCACGAAUGCUAGUCUUAGAACACCAUAUGGACCCCAGCCAUUGCGACGCCUUAGGGUUGUCUGCAGUAGCUCUCGCAAUUUGUUGUCAGCAAGAUAGCACUUCAAAUUUGGGUGAUUUUGUUAUAUAA